CGCGUAGCGUUAGCACCGGCCAAAUGCUCACGAUAUCUGUUAUGUAGAAGACUGGCUAUUAUAACAACGACGCACGCGUACAACGAGCAUGGCACAACAGCGUAAAUCGAUACAAGCGUAUUACGUACGUAAUUCAAAGAGCUACGCAUAGCAAAUAGUCACGCUACAUCAGGAGCCCCAAUUGGCAAGUUAAAGUGCCACCACUACUACCAGCAGGUCCGAUGUGUGCGUGAAGUGUAAGCUUUGUUCUGGUUGUUAUUGUCGUUACUGUUGUCGAUUGUUCUGAAUUAUUGGAGAAAAAUCGCAUCCGUCACCGCCGCAGCAGACGACUUCCUGUAGCAUCCACUGACAGCGAGGUCUAAAAAGGAGCUGGAAGAAGCAGACUGCGCGCGGCGUACACACGUCGAUAUUUUGUACAGAUAUUCAACGAACGAUGGCGCUAGGCGCAGUACGCGAGAGCGCGCCGUAGACAUUCUGUGUACGCGAUAUUCCUGCUUCAACGAGUGUCGAUUUUGUCUGGAGAUCGCUACAGGUGCGCAUAUUGUGGAUAUGAACUCGGACAAGGCUCGUCAUUGGGCUUAAUGGCUAGGAGUGCGUUAAAGCGGCGUUGAGCGGGUGGCGUACGCCGCUGCCCUAAGACUGUCAGCUUUGUCGACUCGUCCUGAUUCGCCCCGAUCCGCAUCCGUGCUCACGAAAUUGCCAAAUCAGCGAGCAGAUUAGAAUAACAGUUCUUUGUAGACGUGCGAAACAGAUCCAAAAUAUAGCAGGGCCUGCCGGUAAUCGCCUGUAAGAGAGGGUCAAUUGUCCGUGUGCAGGUCAUCAUCUACCAACUCUCAGAUCUGGUGAUUCUUGGAUUUGCUUGUUUGUGGCGCCGUGUGCUCGAAACUUGAAGAUGUUUAAACGUUUAGCACGAACGUCCUCAGUUACGUAAAAGUUGACAGCUUGUUAGAUUCAGAAGCCACAGGUGCAUUCGCAUAGGCUAGCGCAAUAGCGCAGCGGAGCCUUUAUAAUAUAUGAAAAGUUAGUCCGGUACUAGCAGCGGAGCAAACGAAGUUGACAGCAGUGUCCUUAACAAUUAACUUGCUUGCGCAACGGGAGCGUCAAAUGUGGAAAAUAAGAAGUGGAACUUGUAAUGGAUACGGAUGUGAGCAAAUCCGGGGUUGCGUGCGUACUCAAAGAAUGGCUGCUGUGAGUGCAGGAUAACGGUGCCAUAUCCUGAGCUGGAGUGAUCAAUUUAUUGUAUCGAGGCCACUUUUUACACAACUGAGUAUAGGUGAAGGUUAUUGGAAGCCAUUUCCAGGCAUGGUAAAAGUCUGCUUGUUGUAGUCGUUGUGAGUCUCUGAUACUGAACACUUGAGUCAGUGUUGAAAAAGAUUUGGAAGCGGUUGAAAGAGCUAAGAUCUGUGAAUCGCAUAAGCAGAAGAAGAAGUCACACGUAAGAUCGUUCACGAUGCAUCUUUCUGUAUACCGCGAUGCUUUGCGAGCAGCAGGACUUAGGCCGGCAAUUAAAGCCUGGUGGAAGGAUCGCCAAGUUCGAUUAGCUUUCUUCAAAAGCGAAUACGUCGAUAAAAUUGGAGAAAUGUACACGCAGAACCCUUUUAUACUGGCCUACAUAGCGACACCGGUGGUGUACUUCAGUGCGUUCGUCAUGGAGCUGUGGUGGCUGGUUGAAGCAGAUAUGGCCCAAGUACCCGAGAUUCAUAACUGGUACCAACAACAUGGAGUUCUGCUACCGGCCCCCGCGUAUCUCCUGGCGUCGAUCUACUUCAUCACGUUUCUCGUUUCACUUUUUCUACUCUCCGGAUUGUUUCUGCGCAAGUCAACGUACCUCCUGGCCUGGUUGUUUGUCCUUGUCAUUUUCUUCUUUCCGGAGUGCGGCCUCAGUCUGUUCAUGAGCCUCAAAUACUGGAAUUUGAAUUCGCGCGGCGUUGCCGAGCUUUCGUUCUACUGCACACGGCUAGCCAUUAAUGCUCUCUGUAUCAUUUGCAUUCAGUCGCUGUAUACGCAGUGGCGACAGGAGAAGUCUGUCAUGAAACGUCUAGAAGACAUGAACAUUAUGCCUUCGUCAAUUUCCCCUGUGAUGGUUGCUAAGGAGCCGUUGACCCAUAAUGGAAUGAUAACCCAGUCGCACCGAGGUUGGUCGGUAUCUUCUGCCCCACGAAUAACACCACUGCGAACAAUGUUUGCCGAUUCCGAGCCCACUUUUCUUGGCUCUCCGGUCGGCUUGUCCAGGAGCGCGUCAAUGGUUCGUCGUAGUCACUCGUCUGUGUCAUCUUCGAUUCACUCAGCAAUUGGAGUAUCGCCAUUUCAACCCCAGCCUUCGCCAAUUUCUACUAAACAGAAAAAUGGAGAUCCAGACUUUUUCUGUAAUCCUGACAUACAUUUUCAGUCUUUACCGAGAUCAGAAUUCGAUGUGAAACUUUUCCGACAAGUGAGAAAACCGCUUGCUAGGACAUUUUCAGAGCUCCAGCCAUCAAAUUCCCACCAUCGAUGGAAGCCUAAUCAUCACAUCUCAGAGAACGCGACCUCAUCUGAAGAUCUACAUCAUUUGCCGAUUGGUUUUGACUAUACGCGCAGUCUAGACCGAGCAGAGCUACGGGUAAAGCGGCAUCAGUCUGAACCAUUUAAAGAACGACUUCCCCGACAUUCUGAUCAUUUUAUCAACUCCGACAGCCGGGUAAAGCCCGGUGCAUGCAAGCAUCCACAACGUCAUGGGGGUCCACCGGACCGCCGUAACGUUCCACUGUCCACGUUGCAGCUGCAAGGUAUCACACUGGGUCGAGUGCAUUCGGCUCGACCUUUUGACUACUUAACGAGACCUGGGGGAAUGUCCUAUCUUCCUCGGCCUGAGCAAGCGACCAGUGGAUCAAAUCAAAGUGUCCGGGAUAUAGCUUUGUAGCACAAAACCAGCCAUUUCACUAAUGUUUGAUUUUCAAUAGUAGCCAGAAGAAUAUAUAGAUAGAUCACCUUCAUUAUUGUACCUUUUUACCCAUCGUCAUUAUCAUCAGGUCGUCGCCGACGGUAUAGCAAAUAGCUUUUGUGACGAAAAAUGUCCCGAGAGGCCUAACGUAGCCUACUCUGAACGCCUACAACGCUGGCGCAAAAUGAAUAGAAUUGAGGAAAAGCUAUGUUAAAUCAUAUAUAGCCGUUAAUGAAAUCGUUUAAAUUGAACUGUUGAGCGUGCAGCUUGGGAGUGACGCAAUACAUACGCGUACAAAUACAGACUCGUUGUGGAUUGAAGUGAAACCACCAAUCUGAGCACUAUAAUUAAUCCGAUUAAUUUCACUAUGUAAGACAAUGGGACCAGGGUAGCGGCCUGGGUCUUGAAAAUAGAUAGCUAUUGUUUACGUUUCAUCAAAAUUUCACCUUUAUUUCUAAAGCAUCAAUGUCAACAAAAAUAGUGUUUGAUAAAAAAAAAAAUGUUCUUAUUUUCAAGGACAAGGUAUAGUGGCUGAAAAUCACAUAGUUCUCUAGAAACGAAAUCAAAUCGUUCUUUCGGAUCAACCCGAGACAUAAUUCUGCCUGGUUCUUCACUUACAAGUGCCCCUAUUUCGAAUUCGUCGCCGAGCUACAACCUCAUCGUCCAUUGAUAUUGAUAAAUAAACUUUAUUAGUUUACACCCUAGGCAAAUAAGCCGCUGGCAACGAUAAAAAUCAGUCAGUGUUCGCUAACCGCCUAAUAGACUAACUAACUGAGUUUGUUCAAUAGAAAUUUACGUUAACUUAUGCACCAAUAGACAGCUCUCACGAAAGUUCAACGAUACUCAAGUUGGUUACCUCGCCUUAUAAUUCUACUACGGUUCCAUUGGCGUAACAAAAUCUCUGCACGGGGUCCUGUUGGCUACAACACACAGGUCUUGGUGAUGUGCCUAUAACCUUUUUGCCUGCAGACAGUUUGCAGCAAGAAUCAACUGGUAGGAAUAUCCGCUCAGCGCGUUAGAGUGAUGCCUAUAAUUAAGCGUGAAACUUCGAACCUAAUUUUGUAACGAAUUGCAAUAAACAAGACUGCGGGCUACUCUAUGGUAGAGAGAGAUGAGGUGACCGUUUUGGUUGGUCACAUUCUAUAUCCAGUCGCUUCGGGAAAGGACAACGAUGCCCAGUGCUCUUGUUUAUUCGCACCAUAGGAUUUUGUAGUAGUCUUCAGCUGGCUAUAAGUCAGCUUCAUGAAAGCAACUAUCUACCAAUGACCAGUGUUCCGGGAUGAAUUAUACACACCGGUGGAUGUUACGUUACCUCCAUAGCAAUGUCCUGAGGUGUUGAGAAUUCGAAAUCAACACGCAGUCUCGGUCAAGGGUUGCCCAUAAGAAACCUUCUCAAAUGGCCUCACCAAGUUUCGAGUUCAUGGGCUAUCGAUAUUAGCAAAUAAAAACAACCUAGUUCAGAAAUGACUGAAACUUUAUGGGUCCCAAAUCAACCGUACUGUUGGCUUUGUACAUAUUUUUUGCUGAAUUUCGAAAAAAGACGAUAUGACGACUAAUUGGGAAAAAGCAUCGUUCGGAAGGGAGCUCACGCUACUAACAGCAAUAUCGAGAAUAGGGCAGGGAGAACGACGCUUGCAAACUUUAUUCGACGGCCCUACCCAGACUAAAGUACAUGCAUUAAUUUUAGAGCCCAUCAAAUAGACCAGUUUGUAUUCUGGCUGGAUUUUGAUUGUUGCGAUCAAUAACUUGCCAUUAAUAUUAUUUCACAUAGGUAACCUUCGGGCUGUCUGUAAAGUAAACAUUUGUCUUCCCACAGAAGAUGACAAUGGAAUAUCGACGCGUCAUACUUAGCAGAUCUUCGUUUAUGAGGUACGAACGUCAUGAAGAGCCAUUGUUCUACUGUACAUAAUGAUCAGAACUUGUUGUAUUAUAUAAUAGGUAACUAGUAUCAGUGGAUAGAGUGGUGUUAAAAGUCAAUAAAAUAAUUAUUAGUACACCGACCGA